AUUUAAGCAAGCAGCAGUGGCGAUGGCAGCUCAACCAGUAAUCAAGGUCGUUGCGCUCUGCGGUUCCCUCCGUAAAGCCUCCUGGAAUCGUGGUCUACUCAGUGCCUCUAAGGGUCUAUCGGAAAUAGUUUCUCUAUCCCUUGGGGUAGGGGUAAGAUCUGCGUACACACUAUCAUCCCCAGAUCCAAUUAGUGGAAUUUUACAAUAUGCAUGCUUUUGGUGCUUGUGUUUGUUACUCAUAUUGUGACUUGUGUUUGGUUGAUGAUUGUUUGGCGUAGCAAUGGAUAUAAGCAAGGAUUCAAUAGAGGGAAUGGAGAUUGAGUACGUGGACAUAUCGCUGUUGCCGUUUGUGAACGAGGAUCUUGAGAUCAACGGAACUUAUCCUGCCGCUGUGGAGGCUUUUCGUAAGAAAAUCGAAGAUGCAGAUUGUUACCUUUUUGCUUCUCCCGAGUACAAUUACUCCGUCACUGGACCCUUAAAAAAUGCAAUUGAUUGGGCAUCUCGACCUCCAAAUGUUUGGGGUGAUAAAGCAGCAGCAAUAGUGAGUGCUGGAGGUAAUUUCGGUGGAGGACGAUCACACUAUCACCUUCGACAUAUAGGAAUCUAUAUUGAUCUUCAUUUCAUUAACAAACCUGAAUUUUUCCUGAACGCGUUCGAGUCACCACCUAAGUUUGACGAUGAAGGUGUGCUAACAGAUGAAGAAUCCAAGCAGAGACUUAGAGAAGUUCUUUUGGCUUUAAAAGCAUUUUCUUUGAGACUCAAAGGGAAGCUAAGUGAAUAGAGUAAAUCUCGUCCAUUUGAUCUUCAUCCAAUAUGGGAUGAUGAAAAUUGUCUCCGGUUAAUGUUUUCAGUUCUCAGUUUCUUCUUCUUUUUGUAUUGGUAGAUUUGGAACAUCUGUUCACUUGGUUGGUUAUGUCAGCAGGGUUGAAAUUGUAUGAGAGUGUUUCAUUAUUAUAUGGAAACAUAUGAUAUAUUGAGUGAAAAGCUUUCCAAGAUUA